AUGGUAAUCAAAAAUCAGAAACGAAAUUUGGCAAUUUAUGCUCAUUCAAAUUUGAUGGCACCAAAAAAGGAAUCACUGGAAAUUUCACAUCGUGCGGAAGUUCUUCGUGAAACAACUAAAGUUUUAUUAAGAGGUGAUGGUUUAAGUGAAACAGAACGUUUACCAUCAGAAUUAGAUUUGGCUACAUUACAACGUUUACUUCCGGAAAUUGAUAUAUCACAAUUUAUUGGAAAUAUUACGGAUUAUUUGGGUGAAGAAAAACCAUCGAUAGAAGAAUGCUUACCACGACCAUUACCAUGUGAUCAUACCACAAAAUAUCGUACAUUUUCCGGUUGGUGUAACAAUUUGAAAUUUCCACAUUAUGGAAAUGCAUUUGCACCAAUGCGUCGUUUACUGGAUCCGGUUUAUGAGGAUGGUUUUGAUAGUCCACGUAUAUUUGGUCGUAAUAAUAGACGUAAAUUACCAUCAGCACGUAAAGUAUCAAAUAUUGUGCAUGCAGAAGCACCGGUAUUUCAUGCCAAAUAUACGCAUAUGCUAAUGCAAAUGGGGCAAAUAAUUGAUCAUGAUUUUGCUCAUUCACCAGUUUCAAGAGGUUUUAAAAUUAAUUUCAAAAUUUGA